AUGGCGUCCACCGACAAUUCGACCUCCAGCCAGAUAUCUGCAACCGAAGAUCACAAGCGAACGGUCGACGAAGCUUUCCUCAACAAGAUGAAAGGCCUCGUCGAACGUCUGCGGCUCGAGAACUCAACCUUGAAGAAGUCGCUCGACGUCGAGCGGAGCGAAGUACGAGCACUCAAGGCCCGACACGAGAGUUCGAUAAGAAACUUAAAGACUGAAUGGAAGAAGAAGGAAGACCUACUAGAGAAACAACUCAGAACUAACAAGACCGACAAAGUUGAUGAUCUAGCUAAUAAUAAAUUGAUAGAACUUAAAAGAUUGACGACAGAAAUUCAGUCUUUAAAAACAGCGAACAAGGGUCUUCAAGAGAAACUCAAGGUUUGUAGCAUUUUAAUUAUUAUUUUAUUGAUAUAA